CGGGGCGGCGCCCAGAGCGCCGGGCGGCAGCAGGUGGCUCCGCUCCGCUCCGCGCCGCGCUCCCGCCUCGCCUCGCCCCGCCGCCGCACCGCGGCCCCCGCCGCAGCCAAGACGCCGCGGGCCGUGCUCCGAGUGAAGAAUGGGGCGGCGAAGCUGGCCAAGCCGCCGGCGGCGGCGGGCGAGGCCCCCGGCGGCGCCCCCGGACCCGGGCUCUUCAUGGAGCGCUCGCAGAGCCGCCUCAGCCUCUCCGCCUCCUUCGAGGCCCUGGCCAUCUACUUCCCCUGCAUGAACAGCUUCGACGAGGAGGACGCGGAUGGGGAUGGUCGGAGACUCAAAGGAGCCAUCCAAAGGAGCACAGAAACUGGGCUGGCGGUUGAAAUGCCCAGCCGGACCGUCCGUCAGGCCAGCCAUGAGUCCAUUGAGGACAGCAUGAACAGCUAUGGAUCAGAGGGAAACUUGAAUUUCAGUGGAGUCCAUCUGGCAUCAGCUGGGCAGUUCAGUGACUUCCUGGGGAGCAUGGGACCCGCACAAUUUGUUGGGCGUCAGACCUUGGCCACCACCUCGAUGGGGGAUGUGGAAAUUGGCUUGCAAGAGCGAAAUGGGCAGCUAGAAGUGGAUAUCAUUCAGGCUCGAGGACUGACACCAAAACCCGGCUCCAAAACUCUGCCAGCUGCUUACAUCAAAGCUUACCUGCUAGAGAAUGGCGUGUGCAUUGCGAAAAAGAAGACAAAAGUGGCUCGCAAAUCAUUAGACCCUUUGUACAAUCAGGUGUUACUGUUUGCUGAGAGCCCGCAGGGCAAAGUAUUACAGGUGAUAGUCUGGGGAAACUAUGGACGCAUGGAGCGCAAGCACUUCAUGGGAGUCGCCAGGGUCCUCCUGGAAGAACUGGAUUUGUCAACUUUAGCAAUCGGAUGGUACAAGCUUUUCCCAACCUCCUCGAUGGUAGAUCCCACUACAGGCCCGCUCCUGCGUCAGUCCUCACAGCUUUCCCUGGAGAGCACAGUGGGACCCUGCUGUGACAGGUCUUAGUGAGUAAGGAAGGGGGAACUGCUUUUGUUUUUUAAACAUGCUGUCAAGGUUUUGUUUGCUGGAACUCUGACCUCAAGCGCAAUGCAUGUUCAAUCAGUUCUUGUGGAGCUGGAAGAGGAGGAAAAACCAGUGACCUUAGACAGAAGACGAGGGGGAGGGCGCUGUGCCCUCUCCGUCCGAGGAGGAGGUGCCGUGGGGCAUGAGUCCUAGUUGUCAAAUUAGACAUACACCUCUUGUUUCACUUCUCUCGCUGUCAUUCUUGGACCCUUGUUUCAGAUCAGUAUCAACCCUGGAAAGUUGCAGCAUUUGAAAGAAUUUGAGGGGAGUAAGGAAGGAAUUUUUCUUAACUGUGUGUCUUAGAAAUUUCUAAUACGGAUUCUUUCACGAGAAAGUACCUGAAAUUCAGAGGCCGAUAUCUGACCUAAAAAGAGCAGGAACAGAAAGUUGAAGAGAAGCGUUAGGUUUUUCAUAAGGUCUUCCUUCUUGAAAGGAAGAAAAAGAAAGAAACCUGCAGCUCUGUCUUUAGAAUCAGUUCCCUAUCACUGAGUCAUGUUAACUGUAACGCUGUCGUUGCUGUGUUUUCAAACUGUGCCAAAUUACCAGCAAGUGUCUUUACUGCAUUACUUGUCUAACACUGCUGAUGAAGCGUACUUGGUGGGAGAAUAAGUAGCGCCUACUUAGACCAGACAGUUCGAAUGAAGUUCGAGUUUAGCAGACUAAUUAACUGCAAUUUUGCUCAGAAAAAAAAAGAAAAAAGUACUAGAAGAGGGAGCUGAACAUCAGACUUGCAGCUUGAGAUAUGUUUUGUACUGUCAGAUACAAUGUUCUGCAAUUUACUGACUCCCUUACUUGUUGCCGUGCAUCCUUUAGUCACGAUGUCUUCUAUCUCCUGCUUUUCUUCCAUCUCCUUUGUACUGGUACAUAUCUGCUGGAGAUGCUGCCCUUCCCGUUGUGCUGUGGACUGACCUGAAACAGGACUGUUUUAUUCUGCCAUGGGAAAGGAGAUUGAGGUUUCUGGGGGUGCAGAAGAAAGAAACCUCAGUUUGUCAUCUGACAAGAAGGUGCUGGCGAGCAUGUAACCUUCCUUACGGAGAGGGAGGUGCGUUAGGCAGUCUCGGUAGUACACAAACGUUGUCCGGCGUCCUGCAAGAGGACACGCAAUCCCCAGAGUAUGGAGAGGUAGCGGGUGAGGAAUCUGAAGACGCAGUGGUCACAGCAUGUAUAUUUUGUUAAUUAAAGUGCAACACUAACUGUAACCAAGUCUUGUAGGUUAAACCAGUAAAGCACAUUCUCUGAGCUGCUGAGCUGCAGCAGCUGUUGUCAGCAGAGUCACGUGCUGGAGUAAGUGCGCUAGAUCGUCAGACAAUUAAAAUCUUAUUAUCCAAAAUAACAGAGAGUCUCCAAAGAUUUUCUGUUGAUAGGCCUGUUUUGGCUAAGUUUUGUCUUAGUUCCUAAUGAGGGUUUGAUGACUGCCGUCUCAGAAUAAGCUUUUGGAGAUGUUUUACUUGUGAUUUAAAAGUGAAGGUCCCAUGUCAUGUUUAGGAAUGAGCAGAUCCUUGACCUGUCGUAGAGGCAUACUGAACAUUUAUUUCUGCAUGUGGACCUCAGCUUUGUUAGAGUAAAAGCAUGAGUGUUGAGUGGAUGGUAGAAGCAGUUGCUUUUGGUCCUAGCUUGUCUAUGGCAUUUUAAAUUAUUUUGAGAUAAAUUACAGGAUAGAUGCAAAAAUAAUAGGCCUUACAAUAAUCUCUGUAAAAAAAAUGAUAUAAAGGAGAGGGAAGGAGGAUAAGGGAUGUAGAAUGAAUAGUUUUUAGAGUCUUCAGUGGCAAAAGCCUCAACAUUUCAGAUAAAUCUCUUAAUUUCCUUGAUCAAAUAUGUCUCUGGCCUCUCACUAAUUAUUUUUUCUAAUCGUAUUAGAAAAAUUCUAUAUAUUAGCUGAAGAAAGUUUGUUGCAUGCUGGUCAAACUGUUGUGGCGCUCUCUUUUAAUUUUAUUUUUUAAAAAAGCACAUUUACUGUAAUUCAAGUCAGCAUCUUUUCCUCUUGGUAUGUAGUGAGUACUAGGCAAUAUUGUACAAUAUAUGUAUGAACUAGAAUAGAUUAGGUAGAUUUAGUGGUUUGUAGCACUGGAUCUUUUAAUAACUAUGUCUUUAAAAGGACUGUGGGGAGCUCCAGGUACAUGCCAGACCUGGCAGCUGAGUAACAGGGCUUCUGUCUUAAGUUAUGCCGAAAACUUUAUAUUGGUACCUAGUUUGGACAUUAUCUACCAGUAAUAGCUAGUUAAUCAUGGUUUUCCUGUGUCAAAUAAGAUGAAGGCAACAUUUUUGCAGUCUUUAAUGGGGAGUAGGAAACUAUAUAUGCCAAAAAUAUUCCCCCGGAAAACUUUGUUUAAUGGCUGUCUGUUGAAAAGCUCAGUUCCUGUAUGCCUGGCAAACGCAAUGCGUUUCUAUAUCCCACCCCUCCAAAAGCUCUGCAAGCUCAGUGAUGAUCGGUUUAGUUACAACAGGACUACUUAACACUGAGGACUAUCUUCCGUAUGUUUUUAAUCAUGUUAAAAGGUCAUCGUCAGGGUAAACAGAAAAGUUACAGUUCUACUUGUGUUAUUUUUGUUAACGUCUCGGAUUCUGAAAUUUGGAGGCAGUUUUAACAGUCUGCUCCGUCCUGUUUUCUUCUACAUUUUUUACGUGGUUGAUUGUAGUCCAGUCUUUCUCGCUUUUGUUUCUACUCACUUCCAAGUCCUCUUUCUCCCCAGAAAGCGAACGUUGCAACCCCUGGCUGCCACACACAGCAAAGUCACAUGAACUGGCAAGUGCAGAUGAUUUUUGUAAAGCAGCCUCGCAGGAGGCCUGAGCGUGCCCGCGGGGCACACAGCAAGGCCAGGAGAGCUGCACGGUACCCUGCACUCUAAGUUCUUGUUUCACUCGCGCCCGUGAUGCCUGCACUGACCAUUGUGUAUUAUAGUUAAAAAAGAAGUCUUCUAGUUAUCCAUCAUUUUAAAGACUAUCAGUUUAGCAUCCGAGGCAAGUCUCAGACUUGGAAUAGCUUGUUUUUAUAAAGCUUAACCUUCUUUUUUCCCUAAAAUUUGACUUGCCAGUUUCUGUUUAAGGUGAUGUGAAGUGGCAGUUGGGAUUGCCAGCGUGGUUGUUUGCAGUUUGCUAGAGUGCUGAGAAGCUGAAAACUAAUCUUUGGUCCCCUUUACAAGUCUUGACUGAGUUUUUUCCUGUGUCUGAGUCUAGCUGUUAGUUAUGUUAAGGAGGGGGAGAGAGAGGAAGAGCAGGAGACUUAAUUAAAAAUAAAAUAAAAUAAGGCAUCAUAGUAUUUGGUCUGUGAACGAUGAUGAGGGAUGAGACUGAGGAGAGAGAAAUACCUGCGCAGCUCAGGGUUGAUUCCCUGUUCCUCAUGCAUGAAAUACUACAUUAUAAUAGCAAUGGGAGGAUUGCUUGCCAAAAAAAAAAUAAUGGAGAACUAGUCCCUAAAUGUUACCUGCAUUACUAUUGCCAUGGAAAACAAAGAAAUCUUGAUGCUGAGGGCGGAGUGAUCUUUCCCCAGUGGGAAUCCCCUGCACACAAGGAGAGCAGCCCUGCACAUGGCUUUGCCCUCCUUGUGCUCUGAGCAAAAAGCAGCUGUGACCAUGGAUAGUCCUGGUUUGUUCAGGCAAAAAAAUUAAUGAUUUUUUCCCCCUGGUCUCCUGGUGUUGCUUUCCCUUUGCCCCAACACAGCUGAGAUGCCGCAGAGCCAACGCAGGGGCCUCGCUCUGCAGUUCAGUCCGUGGGUCCGCAUCCUGCAGGCAAAGCCACGUGGGCAGGCUGGAGCAUCCCUUCUGUGCUGCGCGUGGGCGUUUGCGUCCAUGGGCAGGGUAAGGGCCAGAUGACUUUAUUGUUUAGUCAAGCACAUCCCUACUUCUUGGCCAUGGAUUGUUUCAAAGGAUAUUGCAGAAUUAUUUGCUUUGAAUGAAAAUAUAUAUUUAUUGUUUCUAGCUAUCGGAUCCUUUAUCAACGUACUGUUCUAAAUUUGCAGGUCUUCUGGAGUAUGAAUAUCACAAGUUCCUGUAAAGGAGCUAUUUUUAAGAUGUUGAGGCAGUUAACAGAAUCUCAACCUAAGCAUGUUUAGUAAUGUUUAGACAGCAAGACAACUUUUUUAUGAAACUCAUUUUAAGUUAGUUUAUUACAUGCUGUUGGUAAUAUUUUAAAACAGGAAAAAUAUUUUUCUUUAAAAGACAAAAUGAUGUAUGUUUUUUAACAGAUAACAUAAUUUAGUGUUUUCAAAAAUGUUUAAUGUUCUUGGUAUGAAGUUUACUCAUUCUUUUGAUUUCUAUGUUCCUUGUUAUAUUUUACCAACUUUUUUCCAAAAGAAAAGAGGCAUAUGUAAAUAAACACCAGAAAAGAGUCCUAUAAGAAAUUCUGUUCAAACUGGCCAUAAAAUUAUUAGUAAAUAUUUGUUAUCGUUCAUUAACUCUCAGCUACUAUUCAAGCCUUUGUUGAAAGAGUUGAUGUUGUAUUUUCAAGAUGAGAACUACUUAGCUAGUUUUGUCAUAAUCCUGUACUCUGUAUAAAAAUCUUUUUAUAAAGAAAGUCUAAUAGGCUAACAAGCAAUAAUUUAUUCCAUUUGGUGUGCACAGAUUGUGACUUGCAGGCUGUAGUACAUAUUGUUGAUACAGUUUAUAAUUGUCUUCAAUCUCAAUGAUGUCACUUUUGAAAAAGAUCCAUAUUAACUUUGAUUGUAAAAAACGAAGACUGGGCUGUUGCCUCGUGAGAUACAUUCAUCCUAUAGACUUCUCUGUGAGUAUAUGUGCCCAUUGACAUGAAAUCUCUUAGGUAAAGAAUGAAACAGCUGUAGGUGACUUCAUACUACAGAGGUUAAAAAAUAGUUUCAAUGUAAACUUUG